AUGGACAAGUUUCGGAUGAUCUUCCAGUUCCUCCAGUCCAACCAGGAGUCCUUCAUGAAUGGCAUCUGUGGGAUCAUGGCCUUCGCCAGCACCCAGAUAUACUCAGCCUUUGAUUUCAACUGCCCCUGCCUGCCAUGCUACAACCUGGCCUAUGGGCUGGGCAUCCUCCUGGUGCCCCCCUUCAUCUUAUUCCUGCUGGGCUUUGUGCUGAACAACAACAUCUCCAUGCUGGCGGAGGAGUGGAGGCGGCCCCGGGGCCAGCGAAGGAAGGACCCGGCUGUCCUGCGCUACAUGUUCUGCUCCAUGGCGCAGCGGGCCAUGAUCGCCCCGGUGGUCUGGGUCUCGGUGACGCUGCUGGACGGCAAGUGCAUCACCUGUGCCUUCUGCACCUCGGUGCCCGUGGAGACGCUGGGCAACACCAGCCACCUCGGCCUCUCCCAAGGGGACAUGAAGCGGGUCCUCGCCCGCAUCCCCUGCAAGGAGAUCUACGAUGGACAGGAGCUCAUCGCUAACGAAGUGGCUGUCAGGUACCUGCGCUGCAUCUCACAGGCUCUGGGCUGGUGCUUUGUGCUGCUGAUGACCAUGCUGGCUUUCUUGGUCAGAUCCCUCCGGCCCUGCUUCACUCAAGCCGCCUUCCUGAAGAGCAGGUACUGGUCUCACUACAUCGACAUUGAGCGGAAGCUGUUCGAUGAGACGUGCACAGAGCACGCCAGGAGCUUUGCCAAGGUCUGCAUCCAGCAGUUCUUCGAGGGCAUGAGGACGGACCUGGCAGCUGCUCACUGCCACCUGCCCAGGAAAGCCCCUGAAAAUGCAGGGGAAGACACCGAGAAACUCUUGGGCAUCACCGACUGGAACACCAUGAACAUGGCUCUGAAGAGCUGGCACCGAUGCAAGCCCCCGCUGCACCUCCACCCCCCUGCCCUCCCCAGUGGCAAUGGCUGCGAAGGAGAAGGGCAGCCCCCCGUACACCCCCCUGUGCCCCGAAGGGAGAUGGCUGCCUACUACAGCUGGGUGUGA